AUGCAAAAGACAACGAUAAAUGGUGUAAUUAAAGAAAACCAAGAGUUACAGCAGUCAGAGGAGAACACGUCCCUGAUCAGUCUGCCUGGAGAAAUAUACUCAAAACAUCCUCUGGAACACAGAUGGGUCCUUUGGUAUUUCAAACAAGAGAAGGGUAAAGAUUGGUUGGAGGGACAAAAAAAAGUGGCGGCCAUUGAUACAGCAGAGGAUUUUUGGGCAUUAUUCAACUACAUACAACCUCCAAGCUGCAUUAAUGUUGGGUGUGACUACUCUUUCUUUAAGGAUGGUGUUCAGCCGAUGUGGGAGGAUGCCAGCAAUCACAGAGGCGGCCGAUGGAUCAUAAAUAUGGACAAGAGAAUGAGAAAUACAGAACUCGAUAGCUUUUGGCUCGAAACUCUCCUGGCCAUGAUAGGAGAGGGCUUCGACAGCUACUCCGACGAAAUUUGUGGGGCUGUGGUGAACGUGCGCAUGAAGGCCGACAAACUUGCCCUCUGGACCAAAAACUGCGAGGACUACCAGGCCACAAUUUCCAUCGGACAAACAUUCAAGCAAAGACUUCAGAUCAAAAGAGACGGGUGCUUAGAAUAUCAGCCUCACCAUGUUGCUUCCAACAAGUCGAAUACCUCGAUGACAAAGUCCUUAUACGGCCUAUGA